UUUUAACGCACUUACCAUACCACAGUUCUAAAACCCUCGCGUGUUUUCCCCUCCCCUCAAUUUCUUCGCGCUCUCUCCAGUCCGCCGGUCCUUCGCAAAUUUCUGCAGCUCUCGAGCGUCUUCCUCCUCGAUAGCUUCUUCUCCAACGCAGAGCGCCAAUCCGCUCGCGUAUACCGCCGUCGAAGCACCAUCGUCGCCCGUCGAAGCCAAGGCUCGUAGCCGAUCGGCCCUGCGCCCUAAUCCGUUCGGCAAGGAUGAGUGCUAUGAAAUUCUGCUGCGAGUGCAACAACAUACUGUACCCCAAGGAGGAUCGAGAGCAGAAGAUCCUCCUCUUCGCUUGCCGCAACUGUGAGCACCAGGAAGUUGCCGAUAACUACUGUGUCUACAGAAAUGAGAUACAUCACUCUGUCGGGGAGCGCACUCAAGUGUUGCAGGAUGUAGCAGCAGAUCCAACUUUACCUCGUACAAAAUCUGUACGUUGUGCUCAAUGCAACCAUGGAGAAGCGGUCUUCUUCCAGGCCACUGCUAGAGGGGAGGAAGGUAUGACGCUGUUCUUCGUCUGCUGCAACCCAAAUUGUGGAUAUCGUUGGAGAGAUUGACAUCCUGACUCAGAUACUUGAAUCUAAUUCUGAGGAUGGUUCUUGGUGUUUGCUCGAAGAAACUAUCUGCUAACUCAUUGAUCUGGUGACGACCUAAGAAUAUCCAAAUUGUGGUCCUUUUGUUUCCUGGAGCUGGUUCGGUUUGGCUGUAACUCAUUGACCAAAAAGCAUUGAACCUGUAAUUAGCGGUAUUUCAAUUUGGGUCUUAAGUGUGAAUUGCUGGAUUUUUUAGUUUGUUCUCUUUAUCUGGUGAGGACCUUAAGAUACCCAUCUUUCUGAUUCA